AUGAAGAGCAACAUCAGUCUGACUCCCUUCUAUUUUCAGUUCACUGUAUUUGCAGACUAUGGGCCCCUCAGAUAUCUUUUCUUCAGCCUCUCUCUGUUGAUCUACAUGACUAUAAUCUCUGCUAAUCUUGUCAUUGUUCUGUCAGUCUGCCUGGAGAACUCUCUGCAUCAGCCCAUGUAUAUUUUCAUCUGCUCUCUGUGUUUAAACUCUCUGUACGGCUCGACCGGCUUCUUCCCCAGGUUCCUGAUGGACCUUCUGUCCGACACUCAUUUCAUCUCACGUCCAUUCUGUUUUGUUCAGAUGUAUGUUAUUUACACUUAUGUAGUACAUGAGCUGUCUCUCCUCACUGUCAUGGCCUAUGACAGGUUUGUUGCUAUUUGCCAGCCUUUACACUAUCAUAGUAAAAUCACAUUUAGGACGGUGCUGCUGCUUCUGUUUCUUGUUGUGCUGUAUCCUGCCUGUAUUUUAGGCUACCUGUUUUAUCUGGCCAGCAGUUUGCCUCUGUGUCAAAACAAACUGCAAAGGCUUUUUUGCACCACUUUCUCUGUAGUUCAGCUCUCCUGUGAGGACACAACUGUGAUCAGCAUAGUAAGUCAGCUUGUUGCUCUGACAUCAAUCUUCAUCCCCCUGUUCUUUGUCCUGUACACCUACCUGCGCAUUCUGCUUGUCUGCAGGAGAAGUUCAUCUGAAUUCAGAGGAAAGGCCUUACAGACCUGCCUGCCCCACAUAGUGACCUUUAUGAACUUUUGUAUCUCAGUUCUUUGUGAGCUUUUACUGAGUCAAUAUAAGAUUGAUGAAGUAAAUACAUUUGUCAGUAUUGCCUUAUCUCUGGAGUUUCUGAUCAUCCCCCCCAUCAGUAACCCUCUGGUUUAUGCCCUGAAGCUGCCUCAGAUCAGAGGAGUGAUUUCUGGAUUUAUCAGGGCUUUUAACAGCACCAUCAUCUUCAUCAGCAGCAGCAUCGUCAGCUCCCUGGUCAGCUAG